CGUCUCUGCUCAGGACGCGUCCGCCUGCGGUACCCACAAUGCUCCGCGCCGAGGCAAGAUGGAAGAACCCAGCAGCUGCGGGAGAACAAUGUUUUGGCUCUAGACACUGAAACGAACAGCUGAGGGUGAAACUACGCGAGCCAAACCCGCGGGUCAUGCUCCUGCACCGGAUGACACUGAUUGCCACCCCAUAGUUUUCCCGCCCGCCGGCAUCCACCAUGAGCAUCAUUCAAGACAAACUAGGCAAUGAAUUCCUGCGCUCCAACGGGAGCAUGGACUCCAAUUUCGGCCCCGGCAUGAUAAUGUUCAGCCACCUCCCUCCGGUGACCAGCUUCACCCGGCUGGCCGCCCACUCCGUCAUGCAGGACCUUCCGCCGCAUGAAAUGAUCCUGAAGAAGGAGCGUGACUCGCCUGACUGCAGCAUGGGCGACCAGGGUGGCCGCAUGGGGUGUGCGGGGGUGGGAGACUACGUUCACGCCAUGGGCAUCAAGCAGGAGAAGCUGUCGGAGCACGAUUAUCGCCUGCCGGUUUAUCCCGGAGGACUGGGGAAGAGCACGGAGCUGCUGGAGGUGACAGUCAGCAACAACCAGAGCCUGAUGGUGCACGACCUCAACAUGGGCAACCUGCCGAGUCAGUUAGGAAAGGAGCCCACUGGGAGAAAAGGUCGAAGGUCAAAUGGUGAUGGACAGGAGGGUAAACCGAGAAAGAAGAGAAGCGAGGCAAAGCAAUCAAUGAUGCUGGAUGCAGAUGGAGGCAGCAUGUCGCCGGGAACCAAGCCGCACAUCUGUGAGCACUGCACCGCAUCCUUCAGAAGCUCCUAUCACCUCCGCAGACACGUCCUCAUUCACACAGGUGAAAGACCCUUCAGAUGCAAUCAGUGCAACAUGAGUUUCAUUCAGAAGUACCUUCUCCAGCGACACGAGAAGAUCCACAGUGGAGAGAAGCCAUUCAGCUGUGACCAGUGUAACAUGCGUUUCAUUCAGAAGUACCACAUGGAGAGGCACAAGAGGACGCACAGCGGAGAGAAACCGUACAGAUGUGAGACCUGCCAACAGUAUUUUUCUAGGACAGACCGACUGCUUAAGCACAAGCGAACCUGUGGAGAAGCCAUAAAGAAGGGGCUGGAUCCCGGGAUGAUGGAUUUGGACUGUGUAGACAUGGAACACGGCAGCUAUGGAAUCACUCAGGGAAAUGCUGGGAGUACUGGGAGAAAGAGGGGAAGGUCCAAAAACGGGGACGGAGGUGAGCGCAAGAAGAAGAAGGGGGACGGAGGAGGGAUGAGGGCGGCACACCUUCACGGGGCAGUAUCUGGAGGCUACAGCAUCCACGAGUACUCUGUGGAGAAUCAAACAGUAUCCUCCUCCACGGAGCCGGGACCCAGCAUGCAGCAGGUCCACCACGGCCGAGCUCCAAAGAUGGCAUUCAAGAAGGCUAAUCGUAAGAGCCUAGACAAAGCGGAUCUGGGACAGGCCAAAGCAGGCCCAAUGGAGCAGUCCGGGGGCAUGGAUGGUCUUGGUCUCAUGCAGGGUAACGGGGCUAAAGUCGGGCCCACCAGCAGCAGCAACUACGACGACGCCAUGCAGUUCCUCAAGAAAAGACGCUACCUUCACGCGGCCAACAAUGCAAACUCAUCAGGGCCGGUGGCGGUCGGAGGAACCAGCAGCGAGUACGACGUCGGUAUCGGUCACAUGCCUUCCCAGCAGUCCGUCAUUCAGGGUGUCGUUUCCAGCGUGAUGGACAACGACGCACCUCUGAGUCUCGACAAGUCAGGGAUCCCAGACGAGGUGCUGCAGAGCAUCCUCGAUCACUAUACCCAGAAACCCGACGGCUCGCACCACAACGUUCACUUUGACAUCGGUGACCACCACAUGGAGCUGAACCCCGCCUCGGCAGACGGCCCCGACAUCGGCCACAGCGCCGACACCCCCAGCCCAUCUGGAGACAAGACUGUCAUGAUGCACGAAUACUCCCGCUUCCUGCUGCAGGCUUUGGAGCGCACCAGCCACAGUGCCAGCUUCCCUCUGGGCCCCGGGCCUCCCGCCUCAGGACCGUUCACCAGUUCCCACUCUGGAAACCCCCUCUACGCUGACAAGAACAUCUACACUACGUCCCCACUGGAGUGCGGGUUUGGCCAGUCGGUGGCCUCGCCUUCGCUGCCCUCCUCUGUGCCAAAGUCUCACUUUGCGAUGCUGACGGGCUCCUCGCCGCAGCACGGCUUCCACCUUUGCAGCCUGGAGGCCCCCACGCACCAGCAGCUCACCCCCUCUCAGGAGCUCACCGACCAGCUGGAGAAGCAGCACUCCUCCACUCCCCCUUCCUCCUACCAGAUCAGCCCAUCUGACCUGAGCAGCCAGAAGGACCACCCGCCGGUCAAGAACGGCACGACGGUCUACCCUCUGGCCCCCUCGCAGGAUCUGACCUCUCUGGACUCCUCCAAGCCUUCCUACCAGAUAGAAAACUUUGCUCAGGCCUUUGGCUCCCAGUUCAAGUCAGACGGCCGCGGCUUGUCUUACGGCACUGACUCUAACGGGGAGGUGGAUCACAGGAUACGGACGCCUGUGUCUCAAUUCUCAGGGUAUAGUAGUUUGUUAUCUGAUGUCAAUGAGCCAGUAAGUACAGGUUCCAAAACUACAACAAGCCAAAGCUACAGAUGAGAGCCUGAGAGGGAGAGAACACUCUGUCGUUAAAGUUGAUGUUCUUAUUUUCAUUUUCUAGUGCUCCUAUUUUAUUAUUAUUAUUAUUAUUAUUAUUAUUAUUAUUGUUAUUAUUAUUGUUAUUAUUUUUCUAAGUGACAUCUUUCUUUUAAUUAUACUGAUGCUCUGUUUUUUUUGUGCCCACUUCUCUCCCCACACUGAGCCUUGCAAGGCUUCCUGCAAAUGCAAUUUUUUUUUCCUAAGCAUCUGUUAUUUUUAAGUUAAAUAUGUAUUUACUGUUUAUUCUUGUCAUCAUUAGUGACAUUAGCUCUGGUCAUUCAUCAUGAACUCAAAGUACUCUUCAAACAGGCGUAGAGUAGCACCGGACAUAUUUCUUUUCCAAUGAGCUUGAAGUGUUCUUGAGCAAUCAACGUCACAACUGUAAAAUAAUAAUGAAAAUAACGGCGAUGGCAGGGAAUAGCCCAGAAUUGAAAUAGCAAAAAAGAAAAAAAAAAAAAACAAACAAAACACACAAAAAACAUUAUUGUCUGUUACAAGGUUGAAAGUAUUACUCAGGAAAAAGUGGAAAAGGAGAAACCUACGAGGUGCAGUGAGCGCUCUUUCAGAGAGGAUUUUUCUUAUGUUUUAUUACUUGUUGAAUGAGUGUGACAUAAACAGACUGCUGCCAGCUCACUUGAGCACUGAAAACACUUUCUACUUGGCUAUAUAGAGAUUAUGGUACUUUCGUGUCAAUGUGAAACUCAUGUUUUCUUCAAUAAGGGCCAUAUAUAUAUCUAUAUAUAUUUAUAAGAAUAUAUAUUAAUGUAAAGUAACAGAUUUAAUCAUUCUGGGGAACUGCCAGUUGAAGUAGAGGAAGAAUGAGGGCUGGUUUGGGGGGGUAAAUGUUGUCCUGGGUAUAUUUUUGGAGAACAAAAGUGAUGUUAGGGCUUUUCUUUG